AUGCCGGUAAACAGCGCCAUGGAAAAUGAACACCUCCGAACUGAGGAUCACCUCCGCUGCCCCUCAGCCCUGGGCGCAAGGGACACCGCCGCCGCAGACACCCCUUCGUCUGAUAUAUAUUGUGAUCAAUGCAUGAUCAAUCAAAAUGACGUACAAAACAACCUGCUACACAUUUUGCAAUAUUACACGCAAGUAAAAGAGGCUAUCUUUGCUAUCAACAGCAUCACCAAAGCUUCCGCACCAUACCAUCACAAGCCUCAAAAUAUGAAAUCACACCAGUCAUCACACCCUUUCCGUCAUAGCAGUCACCACACUUAUACCUUCACCAGCCCACCACAAAUCCUCAACUUCUCUUCUUCCUCCGUUAAACACCAAGUCACGGUUCUUUCCCCUCCUCCCGUCAUACAAGCGCCGCCCACUGUCACACCAGCCCCGCCCCCUGUCAUACCAGCCCCGCCCCCUGUCACACCAGCCCCGCCCCCUGUCACACAGCCCCCGACCCCUGUUCAUAACCAGUCCCGCCCAUGUCACACCAGCCCCGCCCCCUGUCACACCAGCCCCGAACUGUUCACCCAGGCCCCGCCCUGUCAUUACCAGCCCCGCCCCCUGUCACACCAGCCCCACGCAAUACUCAACAUUAGUCCUGUAUUCUCUUCUUCUCUCGUACACCUGUCAUGGGCUUCCCCCCUCCUCCCUGUACAGUACAAGGUGCCGCCACUGUCAACAGCCCCGCCCCCUGUCAUACCAGCCACGACUCUGUCACACCCAGGCCCGCCCCUGUCACACCAGCCCCGCCCCUCACAGCAGCAGGACAUCAGAAGCGAUGGCUCGUAA